AGAUUUGUGACCGGAAGUCAUCGAGUUGCUUCUUCGUCGUUUGACCCGCACCAGCGCACCGGCCCGUGUUUAGCUAGGCUAACUGAAACAAGUGUCUUAAAUCGCCUUGUUCUUAAAAUGUCUCACCCAACACCGUCUGACAAGCCUUCAAACCCCGAGAACCCCCGCGUCUUCUUCGAUGUAGACAUCGACGGAGAAACAGCUGGCCGUAUAGUUUUUGAGCUGUUUGCUGACAUCACCCCCAAGACUGCUGAAAACUUCCGGGCGCUCUGCACCGGAGAGAAAGGCACUGGCAAAUCGACCGGGAAGCCGCUGCACUUCAAGGGAUGCCCGUUCCACAGAAUCAUCAAGAAGUUCAUGAUCCAAGGAGGUGACUUCUCCAACCAUAAUGGCACCGGUGGAGAGAGCAUCUAUGGGGAGAAGUUUGAGGAUGAAAACUUCCACUACAAGCAUGACAGAGUGGGUCUGCUAAGCAUGGCCAACGCAGGGCCCAACACCAACGGCUCGCAAUUCUUCAUCACCACUGUCCCCACGCCCCACUUAGAUGGGAAGCACGUGGUCUUUGGACAAGUGAUGAAAGGGAUGGGGGUCAUAAAAAUGCUGGAGUCGAUUGACACUAAUGAUGAUGCCCCUGUGAAGCCAUGUAUCAUAGCGGACUGUGGUGAGCAUAAGGACGGGGACAGCUGGGGUGUUGCACCAAACGAUGGAUCAGGGGACACCCACCCAGACUUCCCCGAGGACUCAGACAUCGACUUUAAAGAUGUUGAAAAGGUUCUGUCUGUUGCUGAGGAUGUGAAGAAUAUUGGAAACAAACUUUUUAAGGAUCAAAACUGGAAAGCUGCUGUCAGCAAAUAUAGCAAAGCCCUCAGGUACUUGGAGGUGAGUGGAGAUCAGCUGGAGGAGGAGGUGCAGCAGAAGCUGGAACCCACGGCCCUGAGCUGCUUCCUCAACACAGCAGCCUGCAAUUUGAAGAUGCAGCUGUGGCAGGAUGCUCUGGACAGCUGCAAUGAGGCUCUGGAGCUGAACCAAGCGAACACUAAGGCACUUUUCCGGAGGGCCCAGGCCUGGCAGGGGUUAAAGGAAUACAGCAAAGCCAUGACUGAUCUGAAGAAAGCUCAGGAAAUAGCUCCAGAAGACAAAGCUAUCAGCAACGAGAUGAAGAGAGUGCAGCUUAAAAUCCAGGAGGAGAAAGAGAAAGAGAAGAAAAUCUAUGCCAAAAUGUUUGCAUGAAAAUUUCAAGAAGGGAUGCAAUGAAUCGUUAUCAAUAUUUGAAGUCAUCUCUACGGGGGAAGCUGCCCUUACAAAGGAGUCUGAAAGCAGUUGAAAAUGUACAGUAUUUUCACUGGACCGGUUCUUUCGUGUUUUCCAGCCAGCACCAUUCUCACUGUCUGUAUUCUUAUGAGGGAAUAACUGUUGUACAUUUUGACUCGUCUUCAUUCCGGCAAGUGUGUUCACUGUAAUGAAUAGUUUGAACGUUAGUCUGAUGCAUGUCUGACUCCACUGCUCUGAAAAACUGGGUUAACACUUGGCACUGAUCUUUGUUCUGGGGCUUUCAAGCAGCAAAGCAAAGUUAUUUGUGUUGUAUCGCAUACAGUUCAUCGAUUUGUUUUUAUUUAUGUUUUUUACAGAGGUGAAUAAAUCAAAAAGGACAGCAUUCAAGUGUUCUUUAUUCAUUACGGUGAUACACCUAAUAUUAUCUACAAUACUGUCAAAAGCUGUCAAAUUGUACCUGCAGUAAUGCUAAAAUAAACCUUAAUUUAAGAACA